AUGGACAGACCCUGCCAAGCGAAUGACCAGCCACAGGGCGUGCCCGAGACGGACGAGGAGCAGCCUCAGGUGGAGCCCUCGCCCCAAGAGCCUAGCCCGGAGGAGCAUCGCCCGGAAGAGCCUUGUCCGGAGGAGCUUUCUACCGAGGAGCCAUCUUCGGAAGACCAAUCCUCCUCUGAGGAGGAGUUCUUUCCUGAGGAGCUCCUUCCCGAGCUCCUUCCCGAGCUGCUGGGGCCCGAGGGGCGCCCCCCAGAGGAGCGCCUUUCCGGGCCGGAACUGUUCGAGGCGUGCCCUCCCAUGGAGCAGCCUCCCUGCGGAGUGGGAAAACACAAGCUGGAAGAAGGAAGCUUUAAGGAGAGACUGGCACGCUCUCGCCCGCAGUUUAAAGGGGACAUACAUGGCAGAAAUUUGAGCAACGAGGAGAUGAUACAGGUAGCAGAGGAGAUGGAAGAGAUGAAAAGAAUACGAAACAAAUUGAUGAUCAUGCACUGGAAGGCGAGACGGAACCGUCCUUAUCCUAUUUAA